AUGUCGGGAGAUUUAUUCAGUAUAUUAUGGUUUAUUCUUUUUAUUACAAUGAUAUUAAUUGCUCUUAUUGCUAAUAUUAUUAUUAUUUUAGCAAUAUUAACGGAUAAAUCAAUGCAUACAUCAACAUAUUUUUAUAUUAUUAAUGUUGAUAUAGCUGAUAUUGUUCUUGUACUUAGUUGUUUACCUGAACGUAUGGAUGCAUUAUUUAGUUCAGGUGAUGGUUUUCAUCUUGGAAUCUUUGUUUGUUAUUCAAUACCAUUUCUUCAACAAGUAGCAAUGCAUGCUGCACUUAUAUUUUUAUUAAUAUUAACUGUUCAUCGUUGUUAUCCCGCAGGUGUACCACAUUGUUUACAAGGUAAUUUAAUUCGACGACAAAUUCGUAAUUAUCCUCAAACAUCAUGUCUUAUCUGGAUAUUUGCUAUAUUAAUUAAUUUACCAUUAUUUUUUAUAACUAAAUAUGAAAAACAUAUUAUAAUUGAAAUAGAAAAUAAAACGAAUACAUCCCAAACAAUAUUAUUUCCAACUUGUGAUACAGAAGCAAAAGAAAUUUGGUCACGUACUUAUUUAAUUUUAUUACUUGUUUGUACUUAUUUAAUAACGGGUAUAUUUCUUAUUGUUAUUUAUGGGCAAGUUAUUCGAAUAAUUCUUACAUCAAAUCGAUAUGUAAAUAAAACGAAAGAAAAUAAAUCGAAUAGCAGUGACCAAUAUCGUUUUCUUUCACCAAAUUUAAUUAAUCAAGUUAAAUCUCGUGAUAUAUCAACAUCAUCAUCAUCAGCUAAAUCAUCAAAUCGAGCACAACAACAACGAACAUCAUCAAGUACACCUCCAAUGUUAAUUAUGAUACCAAUGGGAAAAAAUAAUCGUUCAACAAAUUCACAUUCAUUUCAACAUCUACAAGUAAUCAUUAUGCUUUUUACUCUUAUUUUACUUUAUAUAUUUCUUCUUUUACCAUAUCGAUUAUUUAAUUUACUUUUUAUUGUCUAUAAUUCAUUAUUUUCACAUCAUUUUAUGAAUGAAAUUUUAUUUCAUUGCUUAUUAAAUAUUGUUCGUUUACUUGUUUUUCUUAAUUGUGCAUUACAACCAAUUAUCUAUCUUAUUAUGUCAUCACGUUUACGACAAGCAGUUAUAAAAUUUUUUCAAACAUGUUGUUAUAAAUAUUAUUGUCAAUGUCAAUGUGCAAUAUCACAUAAAACGAGUAAUCAAGAUAUUCGAUUAUAUCAAAAUAGAAAUUAUCAACCAAAUAAAGUUGUUUUUCGUGAUCGUCAUCAAUAUGUUCCAUCAAGAAAUAAUAUUCAUAUGACUGAAUGUCAAACAGUACCAUCAUCUCGAUCACCAUUAAUUCAUAUUCAAGUGGCAAAUAAAACUCCAUAUACAGUUACAAUGAGGAAUUCAUUACGUAAAUAA